GGAGGGGCGAGGCGAGCGGCCUGGUACGCGCCAGGUCACAUCAGAGGCUAGGGCUGGAGGGGCAAGCCUUGCAGCCCCCCGGAAUGCCCAACACAGUGAGCUCAGGAAACGUGUAACAGACCGCGAAGGCUAGGUGGUCCUUCCGUGUCUCUGCCACGCGUAUUUCUAGAUAUGGAUCAGAAACUGUCCAACCUGGUUGAAGAGCUCACGACUUCGGGAGAACCCCAGCUGAGUCCUGAGAAAAUGAAGGAACUGAAGAAAAUUUGCAAGUCUUCGGAGGAGCAACUCAGCCAUGCCUACCACCUGCUCAUGGCCCAGCUGAGCCAGGACCAUGCCGAGAUCCGCCUCUCCGCAUUCCAGGCCAUAGAUGAGCUCUUCGCUCGGUCCCACCAGUUCAGGAUGCUGGUUGUUUCCAACUUCCAGGAGUUUCUGGAGCUCACACUGGGCACUGACCAUGAGCAGCCCCUGCCGCCCCCCAGGGAGGUGGCCCAGAGGCUGCGACAGGCUGCCACCCGGGCUAUCCAAGGGUGGAAUGAGAAGUACGGCGCGGCCUACAAGAAGCUGGCUCUUGGCUACCACUUUCUAAGACACAGCAAACAGGUGGAUUUUCAGGAUGUGAGUGGGCGGACUGUGGCAGAGAGAAAGCGGGAGGAGGAGAAGCAGAAGCGCUUGGAUAGAAUCUACCGGGAGAAGUCUGAGCGGGCCAUCAGGGAGAUGGAGGAAAUGGCCGAGGAGAUCCGGCGCUGCCUCACAGAGGUGGAGAGUUGCUUUCGGCUACUGGUGCCACUGGACUUUGCCACAGGCGUGGGCGCCUCAUUGCCCACAGUGGCCUUCGAUGUGUCUGUGGAGAGUGCCUCUAGCUGGGCCAGUGCCGGAAAUCACGGAGACGAGGAGCAGCCCUGCUGUAGCAAGACCUUGCUUGCCUCUGCCAGCUGUCCAGGAGCUAGCAGUGGGGCGGGGCCCCCUCAGACCACCUCAGGGGCCAAGGAUGAAGAGGAGGAGGAGGACGAGGAGGAGGACAGCGACAGAGACAGCGACGAGGAAGAAUUCGUGCGGUGCCAUGGGCUGGGUUCCCACAAGUACAUGCUGAAUGUGGAGCUCUCCUCAGACAGUCUGAGGGUGCAUGAGGACGAGGACAACCAUGCCGUCAUCCAGUCAGCCCGGGACGCGCUCAAGCUUAUCCAGAACAAGUUCCUGCCAGCUGUGCGCUCCUGGGUCCAGCUGUUCACCCGCGCGGGGAUCCAUGGUGGGCACUUAGAAGCUGCCAUCGACCUGAAGGCAGAAUUGGAAACCACCCUGCGGCGGUCGGAAGAGCUGGACAUUAAGCCUGAGGAGGGACGUCGGAGGGAGGUGGCAGCCCCAGGGGACGAGGAAGAGGAUGAGGAUGAUGGGGACUUUGUCGAGGUCCCAGAGAAGGAGGGGUAUGAGGCCUGCAUCCCUGACCACCUGCAGCCUGAGUACGGGCUGGAGAAGGACCCUACUGCCCGGGGCUUGCAGGCCAGGAGGACAACAAGGCAGGACGAGGAGGCGCAUGACCCCACCUCUGCUGCUGCCCAGCAUCACCACCUACGUGGACGCUCGCUCCCUGCCCCGAGCCCCAGGACGCCUAUGGGACACGAGGAGGCCGGGAAGCUGGCAGCAGAGCGGGCCCGGGCACCUGUUGUACCCUUUGGGGUGGACCUGUGCUACUGGGGCCAGGAGCAGCCGGGGAAGAUCCUCAAGUGUGACUCUGAGCACCGCUUUUGGAAGCCCAGCGAAGUGGACACAGAAGUGGACAGUGCCGCUGUCUCAGAGAUGCUGCAGAGCCGCUCCAUUACCUUUGCAGGGAGGUUUGAGCCCGUCCAGCACCGGUGCCGUGCCCCGAGGCCCGAUGGCCGGCUCUGUGAGCGCCAGGACCGGCUAAAGUGUCCAUUCCACGGGAAGAUCAUCCCCAGAGAUGACAUGGGCCGGCCCCUCCAGCCAGAGGACAGGGCCUGGGAGCAGAGGCGGCUGCAGAAGGGGGCGGGGCAUGCAGAUUGGCAGGACCCCGAGUUUAUGAGAGAUGUGGAGGCUGCCACUGGAGUGGACCUUGGCUCGUCUGGGUCAAGCAGGAGCAGCAAGGGCAAGAGGAGGAAGCAUCCUGGCCUCACCGACCUGAAGCGGCGGGCCAACACUGCCCGCGCACGUAUUGCCAAGAAGGUGUUCGCCAAGGCUGCUGUGCAAAGAGUGGUCACAGUCAUGAAUCAGAUGGACCGGAAGAAGCACGAGAAGUUUGCAAACCAGUUUAACUAUGCACUGAAUUAGAGGGCCAGACAUGGUGUGUACAGUCCCCUUGGCUGUCGGCCCCUCUUCUGGCCUCCCUCAGCCAGGGUGCCAGGAUGGGAAUGCAGACAUGGGACUGGGCUAGAACCACAGCCACCAUUUGUUGCAUGGAUUUCUUGAGCGGAAAUAAUGUGCGUUCUAAUCACAGUGCCCCAGAGGUACUGAUGCUCCCCUGCCCUGGGGAGCCCCAGCCCUGCCCUGAGGAGCCACUGCCAUCUGGGUGAUAUGGGUCUGGCCUGCCUGAGAGCCUGGAGGUGACACAGGCAGCGUGUCCUUGCAGAGCCCCAACUCCACUUCCCAGCCUUCUCCCUGAGCAGUGGUCACUUGGAGGGACUCUAGGAAACCUCACACUUUCACAUAAACACUGUUUUUAAAACAAGCAGGAUCAUGAGCCACUUGGCGUCACCGCUCACGUUUCCAGCUCACGGAGCACUUUGUUGAUGGUUAUGCAUCAGAAUGCCAGCAACUACCUCACGGUUUUCAUGUUUUUAAAAAACAGCCUCAUACUCUCACACCCUAGAAUUCACCCUUUGAAAGUGUACCACUUAGUGGCAUGAAGUGCACUGUAUAACCUAGACCAGAACCUCUACACCAGGUUCCAGAACUUUCUGUCACCCCAGAAGAAAGCCUAUCCCCAUUUGCGGUCACUCCCCUUGUCCUUCUUCUAGCCCCUGGCCCCUCCUGAUUUGUUCGUGGCGCUGUCCUUUCUGGGUGGACGGCGUCUUAGCAACAUGUGGCUUUUUAUGUCUGCUUCCUCCAUUCACUUAGCACAGCGUCUCCAGGGGUCUUGCGUGUUGUGGAAUAUGGCCCCACGAUGACCCCUCCAUAUCACGGACAUUUGGGGAGUUCUCACACCAUUUGGCUGUGAUGAGUAAUGCUUCUGUGAACAUGUGUGUCCAAGUUUUGUGUGGACAUAUAUUUUCAUUUCUCUUAGGUUUAUGCCUAGAAGUGGAACUGCUGGUUCAUUUGGCCACUCUGUGUUUACUUGUUGAUGAACUGCCAGACUGUUCAAAAGCAGCUACCCUGUUUUACUUACAUUCCUGCCACAGCACGAGGGGUCCAGUUUCUCUGUGUUCUUGCCAACACAUGAUCUCUCCUUAAUCUUAGCCACCUGGGUGUGAAGUGGGUUUUUUUUUAAGAUUUUAUUUGAGAGAAAGAGAGCAUGAGAAGGGGGAGGGGCAGA